CGUACGUGUCAAAUAAUAAAUAUUAUAUAAAUGAUUUAUUAUGACAUUUAAUUUAAUAAAUGAAUAAAAAUUACACAAAUAAGUAAAAAUAUAAAUUACACAAAUAAUUAAAAAUAUAGUGCAUAGAGAUGAACAAGUUUCUUUAAUGUGCCUUUAUAAACACCAUAUAUGAUUGAUGAAUUCUCGUUCUUUGCCUUGGAAUCAUUCAGAUUUCAAUGAAAUAAAAUUAAUAGAAGCAUAAAGAAGGAAGAUGGAAAGAAAUAAGGAGGAAUAGACAAAUAUAUAUCAGAUAAGUAGCUAAUAUCUUUAUAGAAUAAAAAAUUGUGUAUCCUAUGUGCUUUUUGUAAUCGUAGAGGAACUAUCUGAUUUCUUUCUUGAAUUAAUUUUUUGUUUCAGCUUCCCAGUCAAUCAUUUGUUUGUAAAAUGUUGACAGCUGGAGAACAAUCCCCUGCAGAGUGAAACUACCAAAUUCUAAGCCUACUACGUUCUCGAGUGUACCAAAAGUGUAAGCAAAAAGCAAACAGAAAAUGUGUUAUCCACAUUGGUCUUUGCAAGAAGGGGGUUCGGAGUAGCAAUGGAAUGCUUGUCAAGGAUUAUUUUACUAUUUCGUUUUGUUCGUGCCCAAAAUUGUGGAUGUCUCGUGAAGCUUCGAAUACGUUUUUGGUGCUCAGAAAGCGUUUUGAUGUCUUGAUGAAUAUUACUCAUUGUUGUGGCAUCUUUCUUCGCAAUGGAAUCAUCAUCAACCGAGGAAUAAAAUCUGUACAAGAUGAAAGAAUCAUCAGCAACCUGGAGGAACGAAACCUGUGCAAGAUAAAAGAGAAGCAAAAAGAAGGAAGAUGGAAAGAAGAUAUUUCGGCUCGUUCGUGCCCAAAAAUUCGGAUGCCUCUCGAAACUUCGUAUACGCUUCUGGUGCUCAGAAAGAUUUGACCAAAGUUCUCGGUUGUGUCUUUCGGAGACAUUGUUAGUCCUGUGUACUUGUUCGUACACACAGAAGGAAUCGGGCUUAAAGCCGUUUAUCCAUGUCUCUUCAUAAUAUUGAAAGAACGACUGUAAAUAUGUACAAUUUUCGAAUAUAAUUGUCCUUAUCAAUUCGAAGGCUUCUUUUAUUAAUGUACGAGGUAAAAAUGCCAAGGAUAUCAACAGCUUUGUUGCACCCCAACCCAAUUCAUUUUUGUCACCUUUUAGUAUCCCACGUUUGUCAGCAUUAUGUACUAGCGCCUGUAAUGAGAAAUAAAAACGAUUAAAAUC